UCCUCCCACCGUCGGUUGCCGCCGGGCAGGGCCGGGCCUCCGUUCACCGUUAAGAUAGUGCAAACAGUUUGACGGUGAAAACAACAACUCAGCCUUCACGAUGAGCGCGAGGCAGCGACUUUAAAAAAAACCCCACACAUUUAACGAGUUUUCCGUUGACAAGCUUCUUCUUCUGCUGCUGCUGCUGCUGCACGGGCUGACCGGAAGUUGUAGUUUUUCCGCUCUGGGAGGACUGAGGCUGAAUACAACACAAGCUAACGCUACAUGCUAUGUGAUAAUACAAACACAGAAAGGAAUUAAACACACAUGGAUCCGAACCGGAUUAUCCAGGCCCUGAAGGGGACCAUCGACCCCAAUCUGAGGAUUGCGGCCGAGAAUGAGCUCAACCAGUCCUUCAAGAUCAUCAACUUUGCUCCGACGCUGCUUCAGAUCAUCGUGUCGGAGCAGGUGGAGUUUCCUGUUCGUCAGGCGGCGGCUAUCUACCUGAAGAACAUGGUGAGUCAGUACUGGCAGGACAGGGAGCCGUCUCUGGGCGAGGUCAUCUUCCCCUUCAACAUCCACGAGAACGACCGGCAGCAGAUCAGAGACCACAUCGUGGAGGGGAUCAUCCGCUGUCCAGAGUCCAUACGCGCCCAGCUGACCAUGUGUCUGCGAGCCAUCAUCAAACACGACUUCCCCGGACGCUGGACCGCCAUCGUGGACAAGCUCGGCAUGUACCUGCAGUCUCAGAACAGCGGAAGCUGGUACGGCAGCCUGCUGGCUCUCUACCAGCUGGUCAAAACAUACGAGUAUAGGAAGGCAGAUGAGAGGGAGCCAUUGCUGGCCGCGAUGCAGAUCUUCCUGCCGAGGAUUCAGCAGCUCAUUGGCCAGCUGAUGGUCGACUCCACCAUCUUCUCUGUCCUCAUCCAGAAACAGAUCCUCAAGAUCUUCCACGCCCUCGUGCAGUACUCGCUGCCUCUCCAGCUGAUCAACAACACGGUGAUGACUCAGUGGAUGGAAAUCCUGCGAGCUAUUAUGGACCGAGGCAUUCCUGCUGAGACGCUGGAGGUGGAUGAAGAUGACCGUCCUGAGCUGGCGUGGUGGAAGUGUAAGAAGUGGGCGCUGCGUAUCAUCACCAGACUGUUUGAGCGGUAUGGAAGUCCAGGCAAUGUGACGAAGGAGUACUACGAGUUUGCAGACUUUUUCCUGAAGACGUACGCAGUGGGCAUUCAGCAGGUGUUACUGAAGGUGGUGGACCAGCACAGACAGAAGCAGUACGUCACUCCUCGCGUCCUGCAGCAGUGCAUCAACUACCUGAACCAGAGCCUGUCACACUCAAUCACCUGGAAACAGAUGAAGCCGCACAUGCAGGCGAUUUGUCAGGAGGUCAUCUUCCCUCUCAUGUGUUACAAAGACGAGGACGAGAAACUCUGGCAGGAAGACCCGUACGAGUACAUCCACAUGAAGUUCAACCUGUACGAUGAUCACGCUCUGCCUGCCACGGCUGCACAGAGUCUCCUGUGUAAAGCUGCACGCAAGAGGAAGGAGGUUCUUCCUCAGAUCAUGGAGUUCUGCCACCAGAUACUCAUGGACCCCUCUGCUGACCCCCGCAGGAAGGACGGGGCACUGCACUGCAUCGGCGCUCUGGCUGAGCUCUUGCUCAAGAAACGGGCGUACAGGGAGCAGAUGGAGCUGAUGCUGCAAAACUACGUCUUCCCUCUUCUGAACUCUCCGAUGGGUUACCUGAGAGCCAGGUCGUGCUGGGUGCUGCACUGCUUCAGCCCACUGAGGUUCCACGAUGAGGUGGUGCUGAGGAACGCAGUCGAGUUGGUCAAACAGGAUCUGAUCGACGACAAAGAGAUGCCUGUCAAGGUGGAGGCCGCCAUCGCUCUGCAGACGCUGGUCAGCAACCAGGAACAAGCCAAGCUGUACAUCAGGCCGUACAUCCGGCCCGUCAUGCAGGAGCUCCUGCACGUGGUGAAAGAGACGGAGAACGACGACCUGACCAACGUCAUCCAGAAGAUGAUCUGCGAGUACAACCAGGAGGUGGCGGCCAUCGCUGUGGACAUGACGCAGAACCUGGCGGAGAUCUUCACCAGGGUCCUUCAGAGCGAGGAGUACGAGGAGAACGAGGAUAAAACUGUCAUGGCGCUGGGCAUCCUCAGCACCAUCGACACCAUCCUCACUGUCAUGGAGGACCACAAGGAGAUCACUCAGCAGCUGGAGGGAAUCUGUCUACAGGUGAUCGGCCUGGUCCUACAGAAGCCCAUCAUAGGUAUGGCAGAGUUCUACGAGGAGAUCCUCUCUCUGGCGUUCGGUCUCACCUGUCAGACCAUCUCCCCCCAGAUGUGGCAGCUCCUCGGCGUCCUGUACGAGGUCUUCCAGCACGACUGCUUCGACUACUUCACAGACAUGAUGCCACUCUUGCACAACUACGUCACCGUGGACACCGACAUGCUCCUGUCCAACCCGAAGCACUUAGAGGUCAUCUACAACAUGUGUAAAAAGGUGUUGACUAUAGACGCAGGUGAGGAUGCAGAGUGUCACGCUGCCAAACUGCUGGAGGUCAUCAUCCUGCAGUGCAGAGGACGAGGCAUCGACCAGGUCAUCCCUCUGUUCGUGGAGGUCGUCCUGGAGCGUCUGAUGCGGGGGGUGAAGUCCAGCGAGCUGAGGACCAUGUGUCUGCAGGUGGAUGCCGCCCUGUACUACAACCCGGCUCUGCUCAUCCACACGCUGGACAACAUGCACUUCCAACACAACCCGCAACCGAUCACUGCACACUUCAUCAACCAGUGGAUGAACGACACCGAGUUCUUCCUGGGUCUCCACGACCGUAAGAUGUGCAUCAUCGGCCUGAGCGUGCUGAUGGAGCUGCCCAGCCGGCCGGCGGUGCUGGACGGUGUCGCCGCCCAGAUCGUCCCCUCCGUCCUGCUCCUCUUCCUGGGUCUGAAACACCUCUACGCCUCCCGGCUCGCCAACAAACCCGACCUGCUGGCCCGCGGGGGCGCCCAGGAUGAAGACCAGAACGAGGAGAUUCCCAGCGAUGAAGACGAGGUGAACGAGAACCGCAACGCCAUGCAGCAGCAGUGCAGCAUGCCGGCGGGUCAGGGCGGGGAGGACGAUGACGAGGACGAAGACGACUACUGGGACGACGACGGCUUCGAGGGGACGCCUCUGGAGGAGUACAGCACGCCUCUGGACUACGACAACGGAGAGGACGAGUAUCGGUUCUUCACUGCCGCGCUCCUCCGCGUCCAGAACGGCGACACAGCCUGGUAUCAGUGUCUGACGGCUCCGCUCAGCGACGACCAGAAGAAACAGCUGCAGGAGAUCUACAGCAUCUCUCAACAGAGGAGGAGCACCGCCGGCAAGGGCCAGUGAGGCGACAGACGAGCGGCAGAGUUGGAGGAGGAGGGAUGAAGAUGAGGGGGAGCUGGUCUGACCUGAGCUGAGGAAGAAGAACUCACUCCAACCUGAAUAAUCUCAGUCCAGAUCAGACCACAACGGACUGAAAGGAUCCCAACAAAACCAGGUCGCAGGGUGUGGACUGAGCUGGAGGGGGCAGCAGAGUCUGUUUUACAUCAGUUUGGACCUGGAGCACUGUACUGGAAUAUUCCUAACACCAGGACAGGACUGCUGGCCUGCGUGUGUGUGUGCGUGUGUGUGUGUGUGUGUGUGUGUGUGCGCGUGCAUGUGUGUGUGUGUGCGCGUGCAUGUGUGUGUGUGGACUGCAUUAUAUAUAUAAAUGUCCUCGACCAGCAGAAUUCGUAGAAGUUCUUGUACAGCGCAGUCCUUUUCUUUGAAUUUGUGUGCGUGUGUGUGCGUGUGCGUGCGUGUGCGUGCGUGCGUGUGCGUGCGUGUGUGUGUGUGUGUGUGUGUG